AUGGCGAAGAAGAAAAAGGAAAAGGUCCUUGCCACUGUCACAAAACCAGUUGGUGGUGACAAGAAUGGUGGUACCCGGGUGGUUAAGCUUCGAAAAAUGGUAAGAUCUGGAGGAGGUAGGCAUUCCCCAGGACCUCUUGCUCUCAACAGAGUUCCUUUGAGAAGAACACAUCAGAAGUUUGUCAUCGCCACCUCUACAAAAGUUGAUAUCAGCACAGUUAAAAUCCCCAAACACCUGACUGAUGCUUACUUCAAGAAAAAGCAGCUGCGUAAGCCCAGGCAUCAGGAGGGCGAGAUCUUUGACACAGAGAAGGAGAAAUAUGAGAUUACAGAGCAGCGCAAGGCUGAUCAGAAAGUGGUGGACUCGCAGAUUCUGCCAAAGAUCAAAGCUGUUCCUCAGCUGCAGGGCUACCUGCGCUCUCAGUUCUGUCUGACGAACGGGAUGUAUCCUCACAAACUGGUUUUCUAAAUUGCUGACAACCUAAUUAAACAACUUUAUGUGUC